AUGGACUUAAGAAAAUACUUCUUCUCAUUCUUCUCAACAUUCCUCCUACUAUCCUCGAUCCUUUAUCCCAAUACACAUGGUCAAUUAAUUGAAUCUGUGAGCGUUUCGGAGAAUAGGGAAAUUGGCACCGUUGUAUAUGACCUCAAAGAACGUCUAUCUCGGCAUCUUGACCCUGACCAGCUGAAUAAUCUUACCGCUUAUGCAGGACAGCAAGACCUCUUUUGGCCUUUUGCUUUAAAGGAUCUUCGAAUAAUUGUAGCUCGGCCAUUGGACAGAGAAGCUAUCUGUGAGAAACAAAGGGCACUUGUUUUAAAUCAACAUCAUGGUGGACAGCAGAUGCAGGGAGAAGACUGUCCCAUCUAUCAUUGUUGUCAGUUACUUCACGUAAAUGUGGUUGUUAGUCCAACUAGUCCUCCAAUGGCCUUCUUCAUUCGAGUGGCCGUACAAGAUCUUAAUGAUAAUCCACCAAUAUUUUCUCACAUUGAAUCUCCUUUCGCCACUAUCCCUGAGGAUAUCCCUGUUGGUGAACGGAUACAUCUCCCUGAAGCUUUUGACGCCGACAGUCGACCUUUUGGAGUUGUUGACUAUCGAAUAACACAAUGGAUGCAAGGAAAUGCCUCUCAUUUCCAGCUAAACGUAAUUGCAGACCAAGAAAAUGAGGAAGUCAGCAGAAAUCGAGAAAUCGGCUUCACGAAAAUUGGUCGACCUUACCUGAAAGUUAUCCAUCCUCUUGAUCGUGAAACUGAGGAAGUAUAUGAAUUUAUUUUACAAGCAAUUGACGGUGGUCAGGGUGAGGGCAGAAUGCCUUAUACUGGAAGUGUAGCGGUCAUGAUUCGCAUUCGAGAUGUUAACGAUAACGCUCCUGUUUUUGAUGAAAAAUCCUACAGUGCUGUAAUUCAUGAAAACACUCUUCCUCAAAGGAUUCUACAAUUCAAAGUGUCGGAUAGGGAUUCAGGAGAAAACGGGAGACUGUUUCUCAACAUUAUUGAUUCACCUCACAAGGUGAGCAAUCUCUUUCGAAUCUCUCUACAAAAUAAUCUUCCGCAAGGUGAGAUGAUCGUCAAGUAUGGUAAUUCCCGCCCUACUCCUGGAUCUUUCUAUACUGCAUCACUUCAUCUUCUUGAAUACCUUGACGCUGAGCAGCUACCGCCUGUAUUAAAGUUCUACAUUUCAGCGUCAGAUAAUGGCCAACCACCUUUGAGUUCUCGGGUGGAGGUUAAUAUUGAUAUCGUUAACGUGAAUGACCAAGCACCAAAGAUUGAAUUUUAUAGGGAGGGAACGAGACUAACUCCAAAUAGACUGGUACUACCUGAAGUUAUAACAGCCCCAGAGUCUAUAGUUGCUGAAGUUCAUGUCACCGAUGCGGACUCAAGCUUGAGUCAAUUAAGUUGUAAAAUCACCUCAGAGGGAGAUACAUUUCGACUCACAGAAGUAAAUCCGUUUACUGGGACUAUGGAAAACUCAAACUAUGGAGGUCAUUUGAUAGCAUCAUCCCAAAGUUUCCUUUUCCCUGCUUAUCGACAGUUUACGCUCAGGACUAAGGUUAAUCUGGACAGAGAAGCGAAGGCCUUGUAUGUGAGCAACUAUCGAAACAAUUCUUAA